UUAAGUUGACCAAAAAAAAAUUCACGUGGAGUAGGCGAAAUUAUUAUUCCGAAUUGAUAAUUAGAUAAAUAAAAGAGCACAUAAAUUGCCAACGAAAACUUGUAAAAUGUGUGAAGUCGAGACAAUAACCAAAAUAGCGAAUUCUCUCGGUGUCCCAGCCGGCGAAGUGAAUCUCAAUUCUGAAAAGGUCAUCACACGCACUAAUAACAACAAAACGGUAUCGGGCUUUGCCACUAUCCUCAAUACUCUUGCACAGGAAUCAAAAUCUGAAAUAGCUUACAAUAGUUCAGCGACAUGUGAAAUUAGUGCCGAAGUGUAUCAGUGGAUUGAAUUUGCUGUAUUGUACGCAGCGCCAGGUUGUAAAGACAAGCACGUAUCACAACAACUGCUGCGUGAUUUCAAUAAACUUUUCAGCACUAAAUCCUAUUUAGUAGGAUAUUUCAUUACACUAGCCGAUUUGGCUAUCUUCUAUGCUAUCUACAAUUUAAUGAAAUCUCUUUCACCCGUGGAAAAAGAAAACUAUUUAAAUCUAUCGCGCUGGUUUGAUCAUCUGCAACAGAGGCCAGAAAUACGCCAAGGAGGCAGUGUUCUUAACUUCACAACAAUCUACCUACAUGGUUGGGCGACGGGCACUCAUGUAUAAAUCCUACAUUCAUCAAUUGUUGGAUUAAAAGUAUUUUAUUUCAAA